AAAGUAUAUGAAGAGAUUUAAUCUUGCACAUAAUUACAGCAGUGCAAAUAGCGCUUGCACAAGGUUGGAAAAGUGAUACCAUGUCGACAGAGUGUUUGAUAAUCCAAAAGAUUCUUGAUUGCGCAGAGAUGGAUAAACUCACAUUGGAGUUAAGGGACAAGGAGCGGUAUCAAUGGAUAAAUAAUAGGAAUAUGUACAGCUUAGAAACAUAGAUGCAUAGACAUAGGAAUAAUUAGGAAUGUAUAAAAAUGUAUUUGAAUAACAGAUGGUGAUGUUAAUACUGUCAAAAAGGAUCGUAAGUUAUGCAAAAUUAUUUUUAAAGACUUUGAAUGAUCUGGCUAGCAAGCAUUCCAACAUUCACAUCAUCCAGCUGGAGGUGGAGGAUCAGUCCAGUGUGAAGGCAGCUGCUUUGGCAGUUGAGUCUCUUCUACAUGGUAAAGGCUUAAACCUCCUGAUCAAUAAUGCCGGCGUGAACUCCUAUGCCACUCUGGAAACGGUGGAGCAGCAAGAGAUGCUGUCUGCUUUCAACACCAAUGUGGUAGGGCCCAUCCUUGUGGUUAAGGAAUUUCUUCCUCUGCUGAAGAAAGCAGCUCGAGAAGCAGCCAUAAAGGAGAUGAGUUGCCAGAGGGCAGCCAUCAUCAAUAUGACCUCCAAGUUGGCCUCCAUUGAACGGGGCUUUGAAGUCAUGAAGGGACCAAUGUACCCUUAUCGUGCAAGCAAGGCUGCUUUGAACAUGGUGACGGUCUGCUUCGCUUUGGAACUAAAGGAGGAAGGGAUCUUGUGUAGUGUAAUCCAUCCUGGCUGGGUGAAAACAGACAUGGGAACGGAGCAGGUACGAGGGAGAGCCUACGACAGGGUUUACUACAGAGAAAGCAGUUGGAGCUGAGAUGGGGUAAUGUAUCCAUCUCGUUGCUCUUUGAUCUUCAACAGCUUUUCAUACUAUAUGGACCAGAAUAUCCUUUUGAAUCAACUUCGGGAAUUGGGGGGGGGGGACACACAUCAUUUUGUGGGGGUUCUUCUUUGCAACUGGUGACAUCUACAUGUAAGGCGAGGUCAUCUAUCAUGUUAGAUGAAGUCAUCUAUCCGUUUGGGGUUUGGUAUCGUCAGUAUACAUCUCAACUCUGGGCCACCUCUGAGUUAGGCUGGGCUAGAGAAUUCUGGGACCUGAAGUCCACGCAUCUAAAAAGAUCCCAAGGUUGGGAAACACGAUCCUAUGCUAUACGGUGGUUGAAGCAGCCAUCCUUUUGUUCCUGUUAUUUUAGCCAGAGAGGGAGAAUGAAUGGGCGAGAUUGUA